GUCGAGCAAGAGGCUAGCAACAUGCCUGUCGUAGCCGAGCAAGCGACAGAACCGGACCGUUUGCCGUCUGAGCAAAUCACCACGUGGCCGGUUUGGUUGGAGUAAAAGUUUAGAAAUGGUUGAAAGCGAGGAAUUAAGUUGCUCAGUCGGAAACCCGUGCAGCCUGGUUUUGGCAGAUGGCACAGUCUUUAGUGGAAGAAGUUUCGGGGCCAAUGUACCCGUAGAGGGUGAAGUGGUAUUCCAAACUGGUAUGGUAGGGUAUCCCGAAUCAUUGACAGACCCUUCCUACCACGCACAGUUGUUGGUACUUACGUACCCAUUAAUCGGAAACUAUGGUGUCCCUGACGAUAAGGAUAAAGACGAGCAUGGGCUGCCAAGAUGGUUUGAAUCGAGUCGUAUAUGGGCUGCUGGGUUAAUAGUUGGUCAAAUAAGCACUCAAGCCUGCCACUGGCGUGCGAAACGAUCUCUUGGUAAGUGGUUGGAGGCCAACGGUAUACCUGGCCUCUGUGAUAUUGAUACCCGAGCCCUUACAUUCCGUCUCCGGGAAGGAGUAACUCUUGGGAGGAUUGUACAAGGUGUUCCCCCUUUUGGACCUCUGCCACCCCUGAAGGAUCCAAAUUCCCGCAAUUUAGUAGCAGAAGUAUCUAUAAAGGAACCUAAGAUAUUUAAUGAAUCAGGAAUAACCAUAAUGGCUAUUGACUGCGGUCUAAAAUAUAAUCAAAUAAGAUGCUUAAUAAAAAGGAACGCUAAGGUCAUAUUAGUGCCUUGGAAUUACAAAUUUGAGACAAAUUCAUAUGACGGUCUGUUUAUAAGCAACGGUCCUGGUGACCCCGAGGUUUGCAAAAAGGUUGUUGAAAAUUUGAAUGAUGUAAUCAGCAGCGAAACUAUUACUAAACCAAUAUUUGGUAUAUGUCUCGGUCAUCAACUGCUUGCGACUGCUGCGGGAUGUAAAACCUACAAAACAAAAUAUGGAAACCGUGGACAUAAUUUACCGUGUACACAUUCAGGUACCGGCAGAUGUUUUAUGACAUCUCAAAAUCACGGCUACGCUGUUGAUGCCAAUACCCUCCCUAAAAAUUGGGAAAUAUUGUUUACCAACGAAAAUGACAAAACCAAUGAAGGCAUAAUACACAAGACACUUCCAUAUUUUAGUGUUCAAUUUCACCCAGAGCAUACAGCUGGUCCCACUGAUUUAGAAUGUCUUUUUGAUGUGUUUAUUGAUACAGUCACAGCAUAUAAAAACAAUGGAACAUGUGUUGUGAAAGACUUAAUUUGUGAAAAACUUAAAUUUACGCCGACAAUUUAUGAAAGACCGAAGAAAAUAUUGAUUCUUGGUUCUGGUGGUUUAUCUAUUGGGCAGGCAGGUGAAUUUGAUUAUUCUGGAUCUCAAGGUGUUAAAGCGAUGCAAGAAGAAAAAAUUCAAACUGUUCUUAUUAAUCCUAAUAUUGCAACAGUUCAAACAUCCAAAGGUCUCGCAGAUAAAGUAUAUUUCUUACCCAUUACACCAGAAUAUGUAGAACAAGUUAUUAAGGCCGAAAGACCAACAGGUAUUUUACUCACUUUUGGUGGACAAACAGCUUUAAAUUGUGGAGUGGAAUUACAAAAAAACAAAGUAUUUGAAAAAUACAAUGUAAGCGUUUUGGGAACACCGGUACAAUCAAUAGUCGACACGGAAGACAGAAAGAUAUUUGCUGAAAAAAUUAAUGCCAUUGGAGAAAAAGUUGCACCUAGUGCUGCUGUAGCCUCUAUUGAAGAAGCUUAUGCAGCACGUCAAAUCGGAUAUCCGGUUAUGACCCGAUCGGCGUUUUCGCUUGGAGGUCUUGGAUCAGGAUUUGCAAAUGAUGAAGAAGAGUUAAAAAAACUAGCUCACCAUGGGUUAUCACAUUCCGACCAGUUAAUUAUUGAUAAGUCCUUAAAAGGAUGGAAAGAAGUUGAAUACGAAGUUGUGAGGGAUGCAUAUGAUAAUUGCAUUACAGUAUGUAAUAUGGAAAAUGUAGACCCUUUGGGAAUACAUACCGGAGAGUCCAUUGUUGUUGCUCCUAGUCAAACUUUAUCAAACAAAGAUUAUUAUAUGUUAAGAAAUACUGCUAUUAAAGUAAUCAGACAUUUUGGGAUUGUUGGUGAAUGCAACAUUCAAUAUGCACUAAAUCCUAACUCUGAAGAGUUUUAUAUCAUAGAAGUGAACGCACGAUUAUCUAGAAGUUCAGCUUUAGCUAGUAAAGCUACGGGUUAUCCGUUAGCAUAUGUUGCUGCAAAGCUAGCCCUUGGAAUUCCAUUACCCGCAAUAAAAAACUCUGUAACGGGGGUUACAACAGCAUGUUUUGAACCUAGUUUAGACUACUGUGUCGUUAAAAUUCCAAGAUGGGAUUUAGCGAAAUUCAAUCGAGUUAGUACAAAGAUUGGAAGUUCUAUGAAAAGUGUUGGUGAAGUUAUGGCCAUAGGAAGGAAUUUUGAGGAAGCUUUCCAAAAAGCUUUAAGAAUGGUCGAUGAAAACGUUAAUGGUUUCGAUCCGUACCUUAAAAAAGUUAAUGAAAAUGAACUGCGAGAGCCAACAGAUAAGCGAAUGUUUGUUUUAGCAGCAGCUCUUAGACAAAAUUACAGUGUUGAAAAAUUAUACGAGUUAACUAAAAUAGACCGAUGGUUCCUUGGAAAAUUAAAAAUUAUAGAUUACUAUCAAACACUUGAGUCCAUAGAUUCGGGAUCAAUUACUCCUGAUAUAUUAAAAACAGCAAAACAAAUGGGAUUUUCGGAUAAACAAAUUGCUGUUGCUAUUAAAAGUACAGAAUUAGCAGUUCGAAAAUUACGAGAAGAAUUCAAGAUUACUCCGUUUGUUAAACAAAUAGACACAGUGGCAGCUGAAUGGCCCGCAUCUACCAAUUAUUUAUAUCUUACUUACAAUGGUUGUACCCAUGAUUUAGUUUUCCCUAAAGAUUUGACUAUGGUACUCGGUUCCGGAGUAUAUAGAAUAGGAAGUUCUGUUGAAUUUGAUUGGUGUGCUGUUGGCUGCUUAAGAGAAUUGAAAAAGCAGGGCAAAAAAACAAUUAUGGUCAAUUACAACCCUGAAACUGUCAGCACAGAUUAUGACAUGAGUGACCGACUAUAUUUCGAAGAAAUUUCCUUUGAAGUUGUUAUGGAUAUAUAUAACAUUGAACAACCUCAUGGAGUAAUAUUAUGUAUGGGAGGACAGUUACCCAAUAAUAUUGCUAUGGAUUUACACAGACAGCAGGCUGUUAUAUUAGGAACCUCCCCUGAUAUGGUUGAUAAUGCUGAAAAUAGAUUUAAAUUUUCUCGCAUGCUCGACCGUAAGGGUAUUCUGCAACCAAGAUGGAAAGAAUUAACUAAUCUUGAUUCAGCAGUAAAGUUCUGUGAAGAAGUUGGAUAUCCAUGUUUAGUUCGUCCAUCAUAUGUUUUAAGUGGAGCUGCGAUGAAUGUAGCAUAUUCAAACCAAGAUUUGGAAACGUAUCUGAAAUCUGCUAGUGAAGUGAGUAAAGAACAUCCAGUAGUGAUAUCAAAAUACAUUUCAGACGCAAAAGAAAUAGAUGUUGAUGCCGUUGCCGCAGAUGGGGUUAUUCUUUGUAUGGCUGUAUCAGAACACGUAGAAAAUGCUGGAGUGCAUUCUGGAGAUGCUACAUUAGUAACACCACCGCAAGACAUCAAUGAUGAAACAUUGGACAAAAUCAAAGAAAUAGCGAGAAUUAUUGCAGAGACACUUGAUGUUACCGGGCCAUUCAAUAUGCAACUUAUAGCAAAGGACAAUGAAUUAAAGGUUAUAGAGUGCAAUGUGAGGGUUUCAAGAUCAUUCCCAUUUGUUUCAAAAACAUUGGAUCAUGAUUUUGUGGCAAUGGCAACAAAAGUUAUCCUCGGUUUACCGGUUGAACCUGUGAAUAUAAUGGGUGGCUGUGGAAAAGUUGGCGUCAAAGUGCCACAAUUCUCAUUUUCAAGAUUAUCAGGAGCCGAUGUGACACUUGGGGUAGAAAUGGCAUCCACCGGUGAAGUUGCUUGUUUUGGUGAAAAUCGUUAUGAAGCUUAUCUAAAAUCUUUAAUGAGUACUGGCUUUAGAAUUCCCAAAAAAGCUAUUUUACUUUCUGUGGGAACAUUUAAGCAUAAAAUGGAGUUAUUGCCAAGUGUUCGAAUAUUACAAAAAUUAGGAUAUAAAUUGUAUGCCAGUAUGGGUACUGGGGAUUUCUAUAUGGAACAUGGAGUUGAGAUUGAAAGUGUGCAAUGGACUUUUGACCACAUUGGGGAUCUAGAGGACGAUAGAUCAGAUGGAGAAUUAAUGCAUUUAGCCGAUUUUAUGGCUCGAAGAGAAUUGGAUUUAGUAAUCAACUUGCCUAUGAGAGGUGGAGCCCGGCGCGUCUCUUCAUUUACUACACAUGGCUAUCGAACCCGCCGUUUGGCAGUAGACUAUGCAGUUCCUUUAGUUACUGAUGUGAAAUGCGCUAAACUUCUAGUUCAGGCAAUGCUGCGGUGCAGUGGUGCGCCGCCAAUGAAAACACAUACAGAUUGUAUGACUUCUCGAAACAUACUUAAACUACCAGGGUUUAUCGAUGUUCAUGUUCAUGUUCGUGAACCAGGGGCGACAUACAAAGAAGAUUUUAAUUCCUGUACAGCAGCUGCAUUGGCUGGAGGUAUCACUAUGAUUUGCGCUAUGCCAAACACAAAUCCUCCGGUAAUCGAUCGCGUGUCAUAUGACUAUGUUUCCACACUGGCACGUGUAAGUGCUCGUUGUGACUACGCUUUAUUUGUGGGAGCUUCAACGACGAAUUGUGAUACAGCUGCUGAAUUAGCACCUCAAGCGGCAGCAUUAAAAAUGUAUCUCAAUCAAACUUUCACUACCUUAAGGUUAGACGAUAUGACUGUUUGGCAACGACAUCUUCAGAACUGGCCCAAAAAAAUGCCUAUAUGUGCUCACGCUGAGCGUGAAAAGACUGGCGCAAUCAUCUUGAUGGCGUCUCUGUUGGACAGACCAAUUCAUAUAUGUCAUAUCGCUAGGAAAGAAGAAAUUUUGAUCGUGAAAGCGGCCAAAGAAAAAGGACUUAAAGUAACUUGCGAGGUAUGUCCACAUCAUCUAUUUUUAAGUACAGAUGAUGUAAGUAGCAUUGGUGAAGGACGUGCUGAAGUCCGUCCUGUCUUAUGUAGCCCACAAGACCAAGCUGAGUUGUGGAAAAAUAUGGAUAUUAUUGACGUAUUUGCAACAGACCAUGCUCCUCAUUCCGUCGAAGAAAAGAAUUCUGAAAAGCCUCCCCCGGGCUUCCCUGGUCUUGAAACUAUCUUGCCUCUACUUCUAAACGCUGUUCACGAAGGACGUUUAACAAUAGAUGAUUUAAUUAAUAAAUUUCAUAAAAAUCCAAGAAGAAUUUUUAAUCUACCUGAACAACAAAAUACAUAUGUUGAGGUGGACAUGGAUUAUGAAUGGGUAAUUCCUCAGGCAUUGGAAUUCUCAAAGUCUAAAUGGACCCCCUUUGCUGGGAAACGGGUCUGUGGAGCUAUUCAUCGCGUGACUCUACGAGGCGAAAUAGCCUACGUUGAAGGCCAAGUCUUGGUACCGCCUGGAUUUGGUCAAAACGUACGUGACUGGCCAGCACCAAAAAAACUUGCUCACCCCAGCAUUGUAUCUGAGAAACUAGAAAAAGAGACCAGUCGGCCAAACUCUUCAUUAGAUUUUCACAGUUCUCUGGACUUUAUUAAAGUUAACGAUCUAGACGUAGACCAAGCUGAAGUCUCUAAGUCAGAUCAAAAUAAACUGAAUGUUCAUUUCCACGAAGACUCCGGUUUAAGAAGUGUUUCUCCCUUAAUUCCACAAACUACUACUAGACAGAGAUUGGACAGUUCGUCUUACCCGUCUCAUGCAGCGCCACCUAAUCGUCAGAGAAGUGAUUUAUUUGGAAAGAGCAUAUUAACAGUGGACACAUUCGGAAAAGAAACAUUGAAUGAUAUAUUCAAUUUAGCUCAAUUUAUGAAAACUAAUGUUACAAAAGGGCGAGUAUUAGAUGACAUUUUACGGGGUAAAGUCAUGGCAUCAAUAUUCUAUGAAGUAAGUACGAGGACGAGUUGUAGUUUCGCCGCUGCUAUGCAAAGACUUGGCGGAUCUGUGAUCCACACGGACGCAACGAGUUCCUGCCAAAAAGGUGAAACACUAGAGGACAGUGUGACUGUUAUGGCCAGCUACGCAGACGUCGUAGUAUUGCGUCAUCCAGAACCCGGCGCGGUGACACGUGCCUCAAGACACUGUCGGAAACCAAUCAUAAAUGCUGGGGAUGGUGUAGGUGAACAUCCCACUCAAGCCCUUCUGGAUGUUUUUACAAUUCGAGAGGAAAUCGGUACCGUUAAUGGCUUAACCAUAACGAUGGUCGGUGAUUUGAAAAAUGGAAGAACCGUUCACUCUCUAGCCCGACUUCUUACUCUGUAUCAAGUACAACUACAAUACGUAAGUCCGCCUGGACUUGGAAUGCCUAAACAUAUAAUGGAUUACGUAGCAUACAAAGGCAUUCCUCAAAAAGUAUAUGAACGCUUAGAAGAUGUUCUCGGCGAAACUCAUGUUCUCUAUAUGACAAGAAUUCAACGUGAACGAUUUGAAAGUGAACAGGAAUACGAAAAGAUGCGAGGCCUGUUGGUGGUUACACCACAACUUAUGACACGAGCCAAACGCCGUAUGAUAGUUAUGCAUCCACUUCCUCGUGUCGAUGAAAUUUCACCAGAGUUUGAUACCGAUCCACGGGCAGCUUAUUUCAGACAAGCGGAAUACGGGAUGUAUGUCCGUAUGGCGUUACUUUCCAUGGUCGCUGGAGUUAAUCCUCUCACGUAAAAUAUUAAUGCUAUAUUGUCAUAACUUAUGUAUAAACGUAAUAAAAGCAAAAAUUGUUACAAAAUAUCUUGUUGGACCCAUGUUAUGAAAGUUAAAAUAAAUAUAUUAUCAAAAUGUA